UUGGGACAGAAGUGAAGUCGUGUGUCAGAGGCUCAUUACUUCCUCAGAUAGACUAAUAAAAAAAUGUUUAAAAGCAAAAUUGUAAAAUUGGUAGUGAACGACGUGAGAUUCCCUACGUCCUUAGAACAACAUGGAUCAGACGCCAUGCACAGCGAUCCAGACUAUUCAGUAGCUUACGUGGUUGUUGAGACCGACGCUGAUCUAAAAGGUUACGGACUGACUUUCACUGUGGGAAGAGGAACAGAAAUCGUUGUAUGUGCUGUAGAAGCCUUGUCCUCGUUAGUAAUUGGAAAAACCCUGGAGGAGAUUGUGACUGACUUUAGUGCCUUCUACAGACUUCUAACUAGUGAUGGUCAAAUGAGAUGGAUUGGGCCAGAGAAAGGAGUCAUCCAUCUGGCAACUGCUGCCAUUCUCAAUGCUAUCUGGGAUAUGUGGGCACGUGCAGAGAGCAAGCCGCUCUGGAAACUCCUGGUUGACAUGGACCCCAGGAAGCUCAUUCGGUGUAUAGAUUUCAGAUACAUCACCGAUGCUCUCACUGAGCAGGAAGCAUUAGAUAUACUGGAGAAAGCCAAAGCAGGAAAAGAGGAGAGAGAGGAGCAGAUGCUAAAGGAAGGCUAUCCAGCCUACACCACAUCUUGUGCCUGGCUUGGAUAUUCAGAUGAACAGCUCUCACAGCUGUGCUCUGCUGCACUGGCCGAAGGAUGGACCAGGUUUAAAGUGAAGGUAGGAGCAGAUUUACAGGAUGACAUUCGCAGAUGCAGCCUCAUCCGGAAGAUGAUUGGCCCAGAGAACACGCUGGUACUUAUAUUGGUGGUACUGAUGAUUGACGCCAACCAGCGCUGGAAUGUUGGUGAGGCAGUUUCCUGGAUAACCACACUGGCAGAGUUCCGCCCGCUAUGGAUCGAGGAGCCCACUUCUCCCGAUGACAUUCUUGGACAUGCUGCUAUCUCAAAGGCUCUUGUGCCUCUGGGUAUUGGAGUUGCCACAGGAGAACAGUGCCAUAACAGGGUGAUGUUUAAGCAGUUUCUGCAGGCCUCAGCUCUACAGUUUGUUCAGAUCGACAGCUGUCGUGUGGGCAGUGUCAAUGAGAACCUUGCCAUUUUGCUAAUGGCUGCCAAGUUCAAGGUUCCGGUGUGUCCUCAUGCUGGUGGUGUAGGACUUUGUGAGCUUGUUCAGCACCUCAUUCUGUUUGACUACAUCUCAUUGUCUGCCAGCCUGAACAACAGGAUGUGCGAAUAUGUGGACCACCUACAUGAGCACUUCAGAAGCCCCACAGUAAUCAAGAAUGCCCAUUACAUGCCUCCUACGGAUCCUGGAUUCUCCUGCGAGAUGCUGGAUGAGUCUGUUCAGAAGUAUGGGUUUCCUCAUGGAGAUGUUUGGAGAUCCAUUCUGAAGCAGAAAGGGUCUCAAGACAACUUCUCAGAGUAAGAGUAACUGUUGCUUAACCAGACAUUUCGUCGAACAGUGAAGUUUUCUUUCUUUCCCUCUUUAAUAUAUAAAUCAGAUUACAGUGAAGUUGUAAUAGUCUUUAAGACUCUUGCUUUAUUUCAAAACCAUUUGAAAGAGUCUAUAAUAAAUGAAAUCAAGGAACGUU